GAUUGGAGAGAAAUAAUAUUUGGCCUUAUAUGACAGUUUUUGUUUACGUUUUGUAGUGAGUCACACAGUUUGUAGAGCCAUGGGUUUUGUUUUAAUGUAGUUUCCCUGUUUUUAUUCGAAACAUUUAAUUCAGUGCGAAAGGUAGAACAUGACGCGGUCGUGGUUCGUCGCCGCUGUUUUGCUGUGGAUUGUCUGCGGUUUUGAAGCCAAAGCGGUGCCUUCGUGUCCAGAUUUUGGGACUACUUAUCAUGUGAAAGGAGUGAUUUCUUUGCCCUACGCUGAGAUCAGGGAACCCUUUGAGGCCUGGUUUGACCUGAAGGCAAAGUCCAGCCGUAUAGACUACUACCAUGGACAAGUGUCAACAUAUCAGUUGGGGGCCGAGCAGCCGUGGGGGGCUUCCUACAAGAUCACCCCCGAGACCACCGAGGACCAGCUGAACGUGAUGAAGUGCUUCCAGGUCAACGGAACCAAGGAUGAACCCGUCGCGACGCAAGCCGCCCUCCCCGACGUGCAGGGCUUCCAGUUCCUAAGGAUGGAGUACUACGGAGGCUCCCUGUGCGAAGUGUGGCAGAAUGUGACCACCGUGGGCUACAAGAAGAACACCUACACGUUGUGGGUGACCCGCUCGGAGAAGCGCGCCGACGGCCGGACGGAUCCGGCCACACCGCUGCACUACGAGAUGAUGGGCUACAACACGCUGCUGGGCUCCCACUUUGACAAAUACUUGGUGGACUACAAGGAGUUCUCCCCCCAAGUGGACCCCGUAGCGUUUUCCCUUCCUGAAGGUAUGAGCUGCGGACGAUUCCCCGGUCCAGGAGUGGAGCAUCACAUCCUGGCAAAUCCCAUGAAAGAUCUCAUCCACACUUCAUCUUCGGGCCACUCGCGGCGCAUCUUCGACCAUUUCAAGGAGACGUUUCAGCGUAACUACAGCGACCAGAGGGAGCACGAGGAGCGAGAGCACGCAUUUCUCCACAAUCUCAGAUAUGUCCACUCCAAGAACAGAGCGGGGUUAUCCUUCACGCUGGCCCUCAACUCCCUGUCGGAUCGCACCAUGUCGGAGAUGGCCGCCAUGAGGGGACGCAAGCGCGGAAAAAACACCAACCGAGGCCGCGCCUUCCCUUCCCAAAUGUACAAAGGAGUCGAAGUCCCCGAGUCGCUUGACUGGCGCCUUUACGGCGCUGUAACACCAGUGAAGGACCAGGCCAUCUGCGGCUCCUGCUGGAGCUUUGCCACCACUGGAGCGUUAGAGGGGGCUCUCUUUUUGAAGACGGGUUCCCUGCAGGUGCUCUCCCAGCAGAUGCUGGUGGACUGCACGUGGGGCUUCGGCAACAACGGCUGCGACGGCGGUGAAGAGUGGCGAGCGUACGAGUGGAUCAUGAAACACGGAGGCAUCGCCACCACCGAGACGUACGGAGCUUAUAUGGGAAUGAACGGAUUUUGCCACGCCAACGCAUCGCAGCUGACGGCACACGUCCACAGCUACACUAACGUGACGUCGGGCGACGCCGAGGCACUGAGAUUGGCGCUGUUCAAGAACGGUCCCGUGGCUGUCAGCAUCGACGCCGGCCACAGAUCCUUCGUCUUCUACAGCCACGGCGUCUACUACGAGCCCGCUUGUGGUAACACCACCGACUCGUUGGACCACGCCGUGCUCGCCGUGGGAUACGGCACCCUAAAUGGAGAGCCAUACUGGUUAGUCAAGAACUCGUGGUCCACCUACUGGGGCAACGACGGCUACAUCCUCAUGUCCACCAAAGAUAACAACUGCGGCGUCACCACCGAUGCCACCUACGUCACACUGGCCUAGACACGCCCUGGGCCAUUUCUGUCGCAAGCAUAAGAAAAAAAAAAAAAAUCCAAUAUAUGUGCUUAUGGUGAAA